CCUAGAACAAAUCCCAAAUUCCUUUAACAGCCAGGAGUUUCUUGGGUUACAAUUCAGCAUGGAAGGGGUUCUCUGAAGGCAGAAUGUUUGGAAGCCACUAUGUUAGGCAACUAUACUUGUUUGAGGAUUCCUGUUGCUGAGUCAUGGCAGACAGAAGACCAGAGAAGUCAUGUGAACAAGCAUGUGAAUCACUCAGACAGCAGGAUUACGAAGUGGCGGUGAAGCACUGCACGGAGGCCCUCUUUUCCCUCAGCCAGUACCCUCCCACUCACUUCCCAGAAGCAUGUCAGGCUGAAAUCGACCGCAUCAGAAUUGAGAGUCUGCUCUAUAGAAUUGCUUCUUCUUUACAACUUAAAAACUAUGGGAAGGCAGAUGAAGACUGUAGGCAUGUGCUGGGAGAGGGACUGGCCAAGGAAGAUGACACUUUCCGUGCUGUGCUUUGCUGCAUGCAUCUUAAAGGGAAACUGCAGAUUGUAUCUAACCUUCUUUCUAAAUCACUGAUGGGUGAAUCAUUGAACGGGAUGGUAACAAAAGAUCUGACAAGAUUGAAAACACUGCUUGUUGAAACAGAGGCAGCAGCAGCGGGUAAAGUACCCUCAGUAUACCAUGUAGAAGAUUUGGAAGAAGGAUCUCAGGAUGGCUGGCAGUUUCGCCCCCCACCCAGGGGAGUCACAAGUAGUGAGGAGUACACAUUAUGCAAAAGAUUUUUAGAGCAAGGAAUCUGCAGGUAUGGUGCACAGUGUACUUCAGCACAUUCCCAGGAAGAGCUAACAGAAUGGCAGAAACGAUAUGCAUCCCGUUUGAUAAGGUUAAAACAGCAGAAGGAAAACAAACAAUGUUUGGGAACUUACAUGGAAUCCUUGAUUGAAAAAUGGAUGAAUUCGUUAUCUCCUGAGAAAGUGCUUAGUGAAUUCUUAGAUGGCGUGAGAGUUGAACAUAAUCCUGAGCUAUCAGUUACUGUCACCACCAAAAAAUCACAACAGAUGUGGACGUUUGCUCUCACAUGUAAGCCUGCAAGGAUGCUCUAUCGCGUGGCACUACUUUAUGAUGCCCAUCGUCCUCAUUUCGGUAUCACGGCAAUAUCUGCUGGAGAUAGCACCACCCAGGUAUCGCAAGAGGUCCCUGAAAACUGUCAGGAAUGGAUAGGAGGAAAGAUGGCUCAGAAUGGAAUAGAUCACUCUGUGUACAAAAUCAGUAUAGCCUUUAUCACAGAAAUCUUUGGGACAUUUCGCCAAACUGUGGUAUUUGACUUUGGGACUGAACCAGUUUUGAUGCAACGAGUGAUGAUUGAUGCUGCUUCAACAGAAGAUCUUGAAUACCUGAUGAAUGCACGACAACAACUAUUAACUACAGCCAAGCGUUGGGAUUCCACUUCUAAGACUAUUGUAGAAUUUGAGCCAAAUGAGACUACUGAAUUGGAGAAGAGCCUUUUGAUUAGAUACCAAAUUCCUCUAUCUGCUGAUCAGCUAUUUACACAGUCUGUCUUGGAUAAAUCACUGACAAAGUGUAAUUACCAGUCACGAUUGCAUGAUCUCCUUUAUAUUGAAGAAAUAGCACAAUAUAAAGAAGUCAGCAAGUUCAACAUAAAAGUGCAAUUGCAGAUUGUAGCAAGCUUCAUGCUCACCGGUGUUUCUGGAGGUGCAAAGUAUGCCCAAAACGGACAACUCUUUGGACGUUUUAAGCUCACUGAAACACUUUCUGAAGAUACUUUGGCAGGAAGACUAGUGAUGACCAAAGUCAAUGCUGUUUAUUUAUUGCCAGUCACUAAAGAGAAGUCGGUACUGACCCAGGGAACCAAAGAGAAGGUGUAUGAAGCAGCUAUUGAGGAAAAAACAAAGGAGUAUAUAUUUUUGAGAAUAUCCAGGGAAUGCUGUGAAGAACUUUGUCUUCGAGCAGACUGUGAAAUGCAGGUUGAACUUCAGUUUCAGUUAAACCGCUUACCCCUGUGUGAAAUGCAUUAUGCCUUGGACAGGAUCAAGGACAACAGUGUUCUCUUUCCAGAUGUCAGCAUGACUCCUACAAUACCUUGGAGUCCCAACAGACAGUGGGAUGAGCAGUUGGAUCCUAGGCUCAAUGCAAAGCAGAAAGAGGCUGUCCUGGCUAUCACAACUCCACUCUCAAUACAAUUGCCUCCUGUUCUUAUCAUCGGUCCCUAUGGGACAGGCAAAACCUUCACUUUGGCUCAGGCAGUCAAGCACAUACUCCAACAGCACGAUACUAGCAGGAUUCUCAUUUGCACCCAUUCUAAUAGUGCUGCUGAUCUCUACAUAAAGGAUUAUUUACAUCCAUAUGUAGAAGCAGGCAAUCCCCAGGCAAGACCUCUCAGGGUGUAUUUCAGAAAUCGCUGGGUGAAGACCGUCCACCCAGUUGUGCAUCAAUACUGUUUGAUUUCAAGCACACAUUCCACCUUUCAGAUGCCCCAGAAAGAAGAUAUCCUUAAACAGCGAGUAGUAGUUGUUACUCUGAAUACUUCACAAUAUUUAUGUCAAUUGGAUCUUGAACCGGGUUUUUUUACACAUAUUCUGUUAGAUGAAGCUGCACAGGCAAUGGAGUGCGAGACUAUCAUGCCUCUAGCACUAGCAAAUAAAAAUACAAGAAUUGUCUUGGCUGGAGACCAUAUGCAACUCAGUCCUUUUGUCUACAGUGAAUUUGCCAGAGAGAGAAAUCUUCAUGUCUCGCUGCUUGAUCGACUCUAUGAACACUACCCUGCAGAAUUUCCGUGCAGGAUUUUGCUGUGUGAGAACUAUCGCUCCCAUGAAGCUAUCAUCAAUUAUACAUCUGAACUUUUCUAUGAGGGCAAAUUGAUGGCAAGUGGAAAACAACCAGCACACAAAGAUUUCUACCCUCUGACUUUCUUCACAGCACGAGGAGAAGAUGUGCAAGAAAAAAACAGUACCGCUUUUUACAACAAUGCAGAGGUGUUUGAAGUAGUGGAACGUGUUGAAGAACUGAGGAGAAAGUGGCCAGUUGCCUGGGGGAAAUUAGAUGACGGCAGCAUAGGUGUUGUAACACCAUAUGCUGAUCAAGUGUUCCGAAUUCGGGCAGAGCUUCGGAAAAAAAGAUUGUCUGAUGUCAGUGUUGAAAGAGUGCUAAAUGUUCAGGGAAAGCAGUUUCGAGUGCUCUUUCUUAGCACAGUGCGAACACGGCACACGUGCAAACACAAGCAAACACCAAUCAAACGGAAGGAGCAUUUAUUGGAAGAUUCAACGGAAGAUUUGGAUUAUGGUUUUUUGUCCAAUUACAAGCUUCUCAACACAGCCAUCACGAGAGCACAGUCCUUAGUAGCUGUGGUGGGAGACCCUAUUGCGUUAUGUUCCAUUGGAAGAUGCAGGAAAUUUUGGGAAAGGUUUAUUGCCUUGUGUCAUGAUAAUGAGAGUCUUCAUGGUAUCACAUUUGAUCAAAUCAAGGCUCAGUUGGAAGCUCUGGAAUUGAAGAAAACCUAUGUAUUGAAUCCGCUGGCUCCAGAGUUUAUCCCACGGGCUCUGCGACAGCAGCAUUCAUCAAAUACCAACAAAUCACAGCAAUCGCCACCAAAGGUGAAAAGCCAUCAUAAUCAGAAUGACCAUUUUCAAACAGAUGGAAUUGUUCAGCCCAAUCCUUCUGUUUUAAUUGGAAAUCCUAUAAGACCAUAUACUCCACCACCGCCACCACCCCCUCCCCCUCCCCCUCCCGGACCUCAUCCCAACCUUGGGAAAUCUCCUAGUCCUGUUCAAAGGAUAGAUCCUCACACUGGGACAAGCAUUCUUUAUGUACCUGCUGUUUAUGGAGGAAAUAUGGUCAUGUCUGUGCCUUUGCCAGUACCAUGGACAGGGUAUCAGAGCAGGUUUGCAGUUGACCCUCGAAUCAUUACUCAUCAAGCAGCUAUGGCAUACAAUGUGAACCUGUUACAAGCACAUGGACGUGGGUCUCCUAUACCCUAUGGUCUUGGACACCAUUCACCAGUUAGUAUAGGACAGCAGCAGCUUCAACUUUCAGAAAAAGAGCAACUUGAACAAAAUCGGAACAGCAAAAAUGAACCUGGUGCUGGACCUGAAAUGAAUAAAAUUCGGACACCUGAAAAAAAGUCUAUGGAAUCCAAACAGGUUGACUUAGAAGCAAAUUCCCAAAAUAGAAGUCCGGAAUCACGUUCCAGCAGUGCUUAUCCUAAUUCUAAAUUUCACCGCAAAGAAAAUCUUAACCCCAGGCAGCUGAAUCUUCACCUCACCCCUCCCCAUUCUCAGUAUGCUGUUCCUAAUCGCCAUUUCCAGCACCUGUCCCAGAUUCCAAGGCAGCCAUACCCCGUACAACAGCAGCAAAGCCUAUUAAGUCAACAACAAAAUCAUUUGCCUGAACAACAAAACCAAAUGCACCCACAACAAAGCCAGAUAGUCCAGCAACAUAAUCAUUUAAAUCAGCAGCCACAACAGCCACCUUCACAGCUUUCCCCUGCCUAUCAAACAGGCCCCAACCAGUCAUUCUUCAAAAACCCAGUUCCACACAGACCUCAUUCCCCUAGCGUCGAUACUGUCAUUUCAGAGCCGCAUCCUCCAUCUCUGUUACAAGAAGUUAAUAACCCCCUUAGACCCAUUGCCCAGCACAACCCAAUGAUGCCACCCCACUUGAACCACUUCAUUGAAGAAAAUCCUCCAGGAAUGUCUGUAGGGGAACCAAUGGAUCGUAUUCAUGGAAAUCUGGCUUUGGAAACCUUAAGACAACAGCAAGCAAGACUACAGCAGUGGAAUGAGCAUAAUGCCUAUCUCAGUCAGGGCAAUAUUCCUUAUUCUCAUCAUCAUCACCCUCAUUUAUCCCACCUUGCACAGCAGCCAGUUGGAUUGCAUCAGCAGCCAAUUAGGGCAAACUGGAAACUUGCCAACAAUAUAGAAGAUGAAACUGAGCCAACAUAUUCAAGGUUCCAGGAUUUGCUCCGAGAACUGUCACAUCGUGAUCAGAAUGAAAGCAGGGACCUCGUUGAAAUGCCACCACCUCAGUCGAGACUUUUGCAAUAUAGACAAGUGCAGCCCAGAAGCCCACCAGCACUCCCCUCUCCUUCAUGCAACUCAAACCACAGCGGCCACUUUCCUAACUUCUCCGACAACAGAGACAUUGAAGUGUCCAACAACCCAGCAUUUCAGCAGCAUUUGCCUCAAAUGUACAAUCCCCCCUUUUCAAUGCCGUCUGAACACAUAACCCCACCUUCUUUGAAAUAUCUGCAACCUGAUGGGUCAUGGACCUAUGCUAAUCUUCACCAGAGUCAUCUAAUGGGGCAAGGCUUUCAUUACGGUAUACCUCCAUUGCCUCAUAGAUCGCAGCAAAACCCUUUUAUACAAAUACAGAAUCAGCACCCAGUUGGUCAGGAACCAUUUCACCCCCUCACUUCACGAGCAGUAUCUGCUUCUUCGCUGCACAGCUUAGAAGAGUAUGAACCAAGAGGACCAGGCAGGCCGUUGUACCAAAGAAGAAUUUCAUCUAGUUCAGCCCAGGCUUGUUCUGAAGAUGCAAACACUCCUCAAGAUAGCCUUGGACAGUGUAAAGAGCUUCAGGACCAUAGUAACCCAUCCUCUUUCAAUUAUUCAUCCCCUGAAUUAUGGGUAAACUCCACCUCAUCAACCCCAUAUCAGAACAUUCCAUGCAAUGGAUCCAAUAGAGCAGUUCCACCUAGAGAACUGUUAGUUCCAUCGAAGACUGUCAAACCCCCAGAGGAACAGAUGAAAGUUGAAAACAUCCAGUUGUCCAACUCUUUUAAUUACAAUGUGCUCCAACAUCUUGGCCAGUUCCCACCCCUCAUGCCGAACAAGCAGAUUGUUGAAUCCAAUAGCAACAGCCAGCAGAGUGCUGGUGUGAAUAAGCCUGCCAUGUCCUACGCAAGUGCUCUGAGGGCUCCACCAAAGCCCAAAGCCCCUCCUGAGCAGGCAAAAAAGAAUAGUGAUCCUUUGUCUUUGUUUCAGGAACUUAGUCUAGGUAGUUCAUCAGGUAGCAAUGGCUUUUACUCCUAUUUUAAAUAAUCAGAAUAUUUUUGUAGAGGAAUUUUAAUUUCUAUUUGUGUCAGUAGAUAAAAUAUAGUUGGGGCUUCCCCUGCAGUUGCCACCAUUUCUCUUUGUUUAUAUUAGUAAAUAGAUCUUGGUUUAAUUGCUUUGCUGCUAGACUUGAAUCUAACUUUUUAAAUUAUAUUCCAUUUAUCUUGCUUUUUUUUUUUUUUUUUUUGGGAUGUGGGUCAGAAGUUUGAAAUUUUUCCUUAGAAGAAAAAUACACAUUUUUUAAAAGACAUUUAUGUAACAUUAUAUAUGUGUUGCAUUAAAGCUAGCAGAUGAAAAGUUAACUGUGCAACUUUAAAAAAAUAUAUAAAAUUUUAAAAAAAAUUGUCUAAAUUGUAUUUAAAAAAAAUUGUAAGUAGCAUUUACAUUUAUUCAAUAACAUUUAGCAUACUAUGCUGGGUUUCUGUACCAGAAAUGGCCAGUUAAUGUACAAAUGUAUGUUAUGUCUGCUUAAAUUGUUUAAUUUUUUUUAAAUAAAGGUGCAGCAUCUUCGAAUUACUUUUCAGUUUUACCAGCUUUCUGUGCAGGGAUGCUGCAUUCUAAGACUUUUAUAGUUUUAGAACCUGUAUGAUGUGGUAUCAUAGUCUUCUUUGACUGUAGGAUAAAGUGAAGACCUUCUUUGCAGACCCACGUACCACAGUUUUGAUCAUUUCAGAGUAAAACAAAAACCAGUGGUUAAUAUAAAACGAAAAAGAAGUACACAUUUUAUUUUUGGACAAGCUGCUAAUUUUGGCUUGUUAAAUUAAUUUGAUAGGUUUCUAAAAAAGAAUCAUGAAAUUUUAAAAAAACAAUUUUUUGCUAUGUUGGGUGCUUCGUAGUUUAAUAACUAUUUAAAAUAAUAAUAAUUGAGUGAAUUUAGUAAAAUAUUUUGGGCCCCCUCCCAACUAUGUGUAAAUCCUUGUAAUCUGGUUUCUCCCCCUCUGACUUCUCUAGUGGUUUAAAGAUUUGUGCCGCUUUUUUCUUUUCCCGUAAAAUUUUGGUACAUUAUUUGAUGUUUACAUUAAAUGUGACCUUAUACACAGAUAUUCAAAUAUUUUGCUAACUGUUUUGUUUGAGGAACAUCAUUAAAGAAGAUUUUUAUGUUUGUCAAA